AUGAGUAUUCAACUCUCAGAACCUCCUGCAAAAAAACUUAAAAAUGAACAAAGAUUACAAUGUGAAUACUUUAUCGAGAAAAAACAAAGAAGAUGUGGUAUGACAAGGAAAAAUGACGUACAAUAUUGUACUGAACAUUUAAAUCUAUUAAAGAAAAAGCUGGGCAAUGAAAAACAUAAUGGGAAGGAAGGUAAUAGGGUCCCCUGUCCGUUGGAUCCAAAACAUACCGUAUGGGAAUCACAAUUACAGAAACAUUUGAAGAAAUGUAAUAAGACAAAACAGAUACACUCUAAUGAUGGAUUACCGUAUUUCAUGCCCAAUUUAAACUCAGAGUCAAAGACGACCAUAGAGGAAUCUAAUGGACAAGAUACCAUCUUGAAGACUAUCGAAACAUUAAGGAAAAUUUUUGACAAGGAGGAGGGUCUUGAAGAACUUCCAUUGGUUGUUAAGUCAAAUAAAUUCAUGGAAGAUAAUAGGUUUAAACUGUUAUCUAACAAAAAACAUGCUAUUCAACAAUCUUCAUUGAUUCAACAUAUGAUUGACUCAAAUAUGCUUCACAAUAAUCCCAAUUUUAUUGAGUUUGGUUGUGGAAGAGCUGAAUUCACUCGUUACGUUAACCAAGUCCUAUUACAAGAUCAUGGCAAUUCUAAACAAAAUCUUAUACUAAUCGAUAGAUCCUCGAAUAGAAUGAAAUUCGAUAAGAAAAUUAUUGAUGAUGUGAAGGAGUCUGAAGCAUACAGGACGAACAAAGAUAUCCUCCCUGAAAUUAAGAGAGUGAAAAUUGACAUUCGAGAUUUGAAAAUUGAUCCAUUAUUAACAUUCCCCGAUAAUAACCAUUACGUCGCCAUCUCAAAACAUCUCUGUGGUGUCGCCACUGAUUUAACGUUGCGUUGUAUUAAUAAUAGUAAGCUUUUGAACAACCAUCAAGGAAAUUUGGAUGGAAUUUGUAUUGCCAUGUGUUGUAGACAUGUUUGUCAGGCAGACGAUUACAUUAACCAUGCGUACAUUGAAAACUUACUUAAAGCAGAUUAUUUGAAUAAUUGUAAAUUGGAUUACUAUGAAUUUUUUAAUUCCUUGAAGAAAAUGUGUUCUUGGGCCACUUGUGGUAGAAGAGAAGGAAUGAAAGAUGAUGACCUGGUAAACAUAACCGAUGAUGUGACGAUGACUUUGAAGCAAAGAGAGGAAUUAGGUUUAAUGGCAAGAAGAAUUAUUGACGAAGGAAGGAAGGAAUGGGUGCUUCAGGAAUUAAAUGACAAGGAAGACUCGAAAUUUACUGUGGCUUUAAUAAGAUAUGUGCCUCAGGACGUUUCAUUAGAAAAUGUCGCACUGAUCGUCUCGAAGGCGGACAGAUACUUAGUAGAUGGAACGCACUUUAUAGAAUAG